ACUUCAAAGCUUUACUUUCUGCUCUUCUCCUCUUCUCUCUCAAAACAACAGUUUUAAUUGGAUGGACAAGACACAACAACAGCAACAAGAACUGACGCAAGAACAGAUCAUGGAGUUUAAAGAGGCGUUUUGUCUGUUCGACAAGGAUGGAAAUGGUUGCAUCACUGCUGAUGAACUUGCCACUGUGAUCCGCUCGUUGGAUCAGAAUCCGACCGAACAAGAGCUUCAGGAUAUGAUCAGUGAGAUCGACUCAGAUGGUAACGGCACCAUCGAGUUCUCUGAGUUCCUCAAUCUCAUGGCCAACAAAAUCCAGGAAACUGAUGCAGAUGAGGAGCUGAAAGAAGCAUUCAAAGUGUUUGACAAAGACCAAAAUGGCUACAUCUCGGCCAGCGAGUUGAGGCAUGUGAUGAUCAAUCUUGGGGAGAAGCUAACAGAUGAAGAAGUUGCUCAAAUGAUCAAGGAGGCAGAUUUGGAUGGUGAUGGUCAAGUCAAUUAUGAUGAAUUUGUGAGGAUGAUGAUGACCAGCGGUUAAAUUGGAAAACAAUUUUACCUGAUAAUGUAUUAUCUUUUAUAAAUUUAUCAAAUCUUUUUCCUUCUUCCUCUUCAGAAUAACAUAUUCCUUUCACUUUUCCGAAUUAUAUUAAUUUAAACUUUUCGUAUUUGAUUGACGUAGUCAUUUUUAUUUAUUGAAUUAUCAAUAGUAUUUCUGGUG